AUGAGUAAAAAUAAAAAGUCUAUUAUUACAACAUUUACUACAAAAUUACAAGAAAAGGUAAAGGAAGAAAAGAAAAAUAAUAACAAGAUAAACAAUGAUGUUAUGAAAUUAAUAAAUAAAGAAUUAAUAAUUGAUUACACUACUAAUCAAAAGGUAAAUGCCAAACUAAUGUUAAACAAAUAUUUGAAUGUUAUUAAUUAUUUAAUGAAAGAAAAUAUAAAUUUAAAAAAAAAAAUUGAAAAUAUAAAAGUCGAGUAUAUGCAAAAAAAUGAUAUGAUAGAUCAUUAUGAAAAAGAGUUAAAAGAAAAAAAUGAAAUUAUUAUUAAAUUAAAAAAAAACAUGUCACCUGAUACCUUAGAAGAAUGUGAGAGGACAUAUGAGGAUAAUAAUUAUCUCAUGGAACAUAAUGAUAUGACUAUGGAUAAUAUAGAAAAAAGUAAAUAUAUAUUAUCCAUAAAAGGAGAUACAGAAAAUAAUAUAAGUAAUAAUAAAAUUACUCCAUAUAAUAUAAAUCAUACCGCUUUUAACAAAAAGGAUGAACAAAUUAAUAAUGAGGAUAACAUAUUUUUAAAUUAUCAAAAUAAUACAUUUAAUAAUAAAUAUAUACAACAAAAUGAUCAGCAUUAUAUGAAAAAUGUUUGUAUGGUAUCGGAUAAUGUUAAAGCUAAAAAUACAUCAUCAUUUAAUCAAAUUAUCACCCCUACUAUUAGUAAUGAUUAUAAAAAUUAUUGGAGCAAUAAAAAUAUUAAUGUAGAAAUGAAUCAUGAAUAUAUAUAUAAUAAUAAUUAUAAUAUAAAUACAUCCAAUCUAUCAAAUAAUUGUAAAAAAAAUAACAGUAAGGAAAAUAUAAAUUUCAUAAAAAAGGACUCACAAUAUUUAUUAUAUAAAAAUGAUAAUUUACCUAAUGAUGAUAAAUAUAUUGAUGAAUUGGAUAAUCUAAUAAACAAUACAAAUAGUGUCCAUACUAUGAUAACAUCACAUCUAAAUAAAUGCGACAUACAAUGUAACAAUAAAAAUGAAGAAAAUAUUAUUAUAUAUGAUUAUUCUAAGGAGACCAAUAUUUUAUCAAGUGAUGGGGAACAAGAAAGUGAUAUCUCUAAAAAUUGUGAUACACAAGAUCCAAAACAUAAUAGGAAUAAUGAUUACACUAUAAAAACAACACAAAUAAUUAAUAAUAAAAUAAAUAAGAAUAACAAUAAUAAUAAUGUUCAUAAUAAUAUAUACAAUGGAAUGAAUAAAAGUAAAGAACAUAUUAAUAAAAUCAGUUUUAUGGAAGUUGAUAAAUGUAUCAUAAAUAAAAAAAUUGAUAACGACGUAAAAAUAAUUACACAUGAACAUGAUAUAAUAAGAGAUGACAAAAAUUAUGAUACAUCAUCAGAACAAAAUUUUAAAUUAUUAGAAAAAAGUACGGAAAAUGAAGAAGACGAUGAUAAUUAUGAAGAUCUGGAAAAUAUUAUGUCUACAAUAUUAAAGCUUCGAAAAAAUGCAUAA